AAACCCAUCUAAAUUUUGCACAAUCCACUAGAAUUUCUCUUUACAAUGGAUGUGCACCUGGUCUCCUCGAUAGACUCGGACGAGUUCACUCACCUGACUCGGGCCCUCUCUCGUUCCACCCUCAUCGGGCUCGACGCCGAGUGGAAGCCCAUUCGGUCCCAACAGUCCACUUUCCCCACAGUCACCCUCCUCCAACUUGCGUGUCAACUCGGCGACGACCCGGCCGAGUGGGACGAGUCGUUGGUCUUCUUGCUCGACCUCGCGUCAAUUCCCUUGUCUUCGAUAUGGGAAUUGUUAAAGGACGUGUUUGUUUCACCAGAUAUAUUGAAAUUGGGGUUUAAGUUCAAGCAAGAUUUGAUUUUCUUGUCUUCCACUUUUGGUGCUGAAGGAUGUGAUCCUGCCUUUGAUAAAGUGGAGCCCUAUUUGGACAUCACCAACAUACACAAGUUUUUGCAACAUAAACAAGGAAAGAAGGUAUCAAAGGAUACAAAGAGUUUGUCAGCUAUAUGUGAAGAAGUGUUGGGUAUUUCUCUUUCCAAGGCACUUCAAUGUAGUGAUUGGUCCCAUCGUCCUCUUACAGAAGAGCAGCUAAGAUAUGCCGCUACAGAUGCACACUGCUUGCUUGAAAUAUUCAAAAUCUUCCAGGCCAUGGUUGUCAAAGAAGGGAAAUCAUGUAAUGAUGUCAAGGAACUGCAUCAAUUUAAUUUGAAUUUAGGACUGAAGGAUAUUUUUCAGAUGCCUGAUGGUGACAAUAAGCUAGCUGGGACCAAAUUUUGCAACGCGCUGGAUAUUGUCCAGGCUACUGCAUCUUCUGAAGAUUGUGGAAGAAUAGCCAGGGGACUGGAGGUAAUCAGAAAAACUAAGCCUAUGGAUGAAUCCCUCUGGAAGAUAGUAAGAAAAUAUGGUGAAAAACUUUUGUUGUGUGAAUCUGAUAGAAAGCCAAAAACUUCCAGAAAGAAAGGAAAAAAGCGGUCCUCGGUGGUUGCUGUUUGCAAAAAAAACCAGCUAGAUAGUUCUGGUGGCUGGCAAGGCCUCCCACCAUGGGAUAUAUCCUUGGGGGGUGAUGGAUGGCCUAAGUUUUUGUGUGAUGUGAUGGUUGAAGGCUUGGCAAAACAUCUACGUUGUGUUGGUGUAGAUGCUGCAAUUCCACAUUCCAAAAAGCCAGAACCCAGGGAGCUAAUCGAUCAAGCAUACAAAGAGAAGAGAGUGCUUUUGACAAGAGAUGCCAAGCUAUUGAGACACCAGUAUCUGCUAAAGAAUCAAAUAUAUAGGGUGAAGAGUCUUCUGAAAAAUGAACAGCUAAUUGAGGUAAUUGAGAUUUUCCAAUUGAAAAUUAGUGAGGAUCAGCUAAUGUCGAGGUGCACCAAAUGCAAUGGGAGAUUUAUUCAGAAGCCGCUGACAACAGAAGAGGCCAUUGAAGCUGCGAAGGGCUUCCAAAGAAUUCCGAACUGCUUGUUUGACAAAAAUUUAGAAUUUUGGCAAUGCAUGGACUGCAACCAACUUUACUGGGAGGGAACCCAGUACCACAAUGCUGUUCAGAAGUUCAUCGAUGUUUGCAAAUUGAACGAAUGACUCGGAACUUGGGGAAAAGAACACUGUGCUCUGUGAUAAAUAUCAUCCUAUCGAUAUUGUUUGUACUAAACUUUAAUAGUGCUUAAGCUCACAGUUAUAUUUCCCCGCAUUUUUAUUUUGCGGAAAUGCUUCUACAGUACCAAGCUCUUUCCAUCGUUA